AUGUUAGAACCAUUCUUUGCGCAACCUGCGCUCGUUGACCCGAAGCCGAAGCCGCGAGCUCGUAGGGGACCUCGUCAGGGUCCUAAAAAGUUCGAGUUUGUAUCUUCAGGUCCAGUAGGAAAACCUGCACCCGAAACUCGCAAGUUCAUCCGUAGCCAUGUAAUGCGCGGCAAGAACACCAAGAAAAGCCCACCUAGACAACCACCAAGUGACAGUAUAUCUCCCGACUCCAGCCAAGAUGAUGUGGAAGAAAUCCAUCGUCCAGUGCCGUUGGCAGUAACGACCAUCAAAGAUGACUCCCUAUGGACCGUCGGCCAUACACACUCCAGAGACAGAGCUUGGGUUCAAUCACCCUCUCUUCUAAUCCAUCUCAUGAAACCACCUCCUGAUCUAGAUCUCUUCACAUUUGCUACGCCCCUGGAUAAGAACUCACGGCACCUUAUCUACAAAUUCCUAACAACCAUAAAAGAAACACUCUACCCAGCAGAAUGGUGCUUCGACUCCGACCGUCAAAAAACAUGCUGGUUCCACUGGCUCCUCGAAGAUCCCGCCUACUUACACUGCAUCUGUUUCAUGGUCAGCGCAUUUCAAGACUUGGUGAAAAGACAGGAUUGGAGUGUCGAGACGAGAAAGAGGCUUCGACACACGAUUAUGCUGUUGCAAGAUAAAUUACAAGACCCGAAGAAGCAGUUGGAGGAUACUACUACGGCAACGAUCAUUUCACUGGCUAUGAUGGCGGACGCUAUGGAGGAUGUGCAGGCUUUUGAAGCGCAUUCUAAUGGACUUAGGAGGAUCGUUAGGAUGAGAGGUGGAUUGCAGGCGUAUACGCAUAAUCGUCAAUUGCAGAUAAAGCUAUGUCGGGUCGAUCUUGGCUGGUCUAUAAGAAACGGCUGUAAGCCAGAAAUCUACUCCGGAAAACCAGCAUGGGAACCUCUUCUCGAAGCGUUCGGGACCGUAGCAUGCUCCUUCGACAUUCAACCUCCAACACUGAACUUUAUGAACCUAUACUACACCUGGGACUACCGUUUACAAAACACCUUCAAGGACCUCCGCGAUUUUUCGUUCUUGGCAAACCGUCUCUCACCGACCUCUCAAAAGCUCAAGCCCGAAGCCUUCCAGGAAAUCAUGCUGUCAAUACAGUAUAGACUUUUACAGCUAUCCUUCACUGAACCAUUACAAGAAGCUUUACGUGUUGGGUUACUAGCUUACGAAUCAACUAUAUUCUUGCAAAUACAGGGUACGAAGCUAAAGUCGGAGUCUUUUAGGGUUCAGAUGCAAGAGACUAUACAAGCUGUCCCUGUUUUAGGCGAGGCUACUGCGAAUAUAAAGCUUUGGCUGCUCCUUGUUGGUUCGAUGAUGGUUUUUGAGGGGACGGAGGAGUGGCUUGUACAGACGAUUAGAAGUUUGGCAGGAAGACAGGGAUGGAAGGACGUUAGGAGUCGGGUGAGGGAUGUUAUGUGGAUUGAUGUCAUUCAUGAUACCCCUGGGAGGAAGGCUUAUGAAGCUGUGCUGUCUUGA